AUGAAGGAGAUUCUGCAGUUCAUGUCACCCGACAGUUUUGUCCGCCUUUUAAAUCGACUGACGAGGGAAUUUAAACAUGAAAUUGAGAGAUCACGUGAGCUGUUUACUACCGGAGAAUCCUCUCCCACAGCACUACAUUCAACUUGGUUGUUGGUCCGUUCGCCGAGCUUGAAAGUUGGAUUGCAAACGUCUAUUCACCAAUCGAGCGCCUUAACAGUAUCUGGUAGUUCUAAAAGCGGUCUUCGGGUAGUUGAUUGGCCUCCUGUGGAUCUGACGUGGUCUCAAUCUCCUGUGUCACCUCGAUUGGUUGCUGAAAACUCUUCGACAGCCUACGACCGGUUUCUCCCUUGUUGGGGUUCAUCAGGUAGACGCAACCUUGUGAGUAGUUUCCUUCAUGAAAAUAUACUGCGAUAUCUCGAAUAUCGUGCCGACUGA